AUGUCAUUAGAGGACUAUCGCAAAUCCAAAUCGAAACAUUGGAAAUCACUGGUAUCUAAAGGAACUAAAAAGGGCAAACAGUCACCACAGGAAGUCACCAUCAUAAUUAGCUUGUACGAAUGGAACGAUAAAGAAGAUAAAUUAAAGCCAAAGAGAGGCAAGAGAAUUUCGUUGAAGGUCUCGCCCGUAGAUCCAUAUGCCCGUAUUUUGGAAAAAGCAGCCACGAAGUGGAGAGAUUUUUAUAGCGAUUGUUUCAAUGAAGAAGAGGAUUAUGUAUUGCUGUUAGAAAACGGGAAGGAAGCGCUGUUUCUAUCAGGAGGAAAGGAGUUCUUUACGUUGAAGAGAUAUCGCAAAGAAGUUGGAAAAGAAUUCAGCAAAAUUAUUUUAUAUCUGUGCAGUCGGAGUGAUUUUGAUACUUCGGAAGAAUCUCGCUCAGGUUUUAGUCCAUGCUUGUCAACGAGUACAAUAAAAACGGGAGACACAUUUAAUGCUGAUGGUGAUCCAGAAUACAUCUGGGAAGAAUCAGAUCGCAAUGAUGCAAAACGUUUCCGGCAGGAUCAAGAACGCAACGAGACCAGUGAUGAAUCUGAAAUCAUGAACCAGAUAAGGAACGAUGAAGUUCUGGCCAGGGAACUGCAAAGAACUGAUGAUAUUAUUGCACAGGAGAUUCAGGUCGAACUUAAAACAGAUUCUGUCAUAGAGGAUAAUAAUGACAAUAAAAAUGAUUCUGAUCCAAGUAAUUUUCAUGACAUAUCGUCUCUUGUAAAAUCUUUGCAGGGGAAAAUUGAUCGUUCCGGAGAAUUUUUCCUUGUUGUUCGCAGAGGGUUAUCUAGACCGGGCUGUGGUGGACUUUACUACCACCUGAAGCCGGAGAAAUCGGGAUGGGUAUUUUCAAGUAGGUACAGACCUGGGUGUUUCGAAACGUGAUGGUAAACGGGGGGAGUCGGGUGCGUUUAGCCGCAGGGGGGUGAAAUGUUGGGAUUUCUGCAUAUAAUUAAUGAACUGAAUUUUAUAUUUUAAUGAACUGAAAUUUGUGAUUUGUUAUUACCACAACCUUCUUUACAUAUAAAUUAGUUUAGAAAUAGAGUUUCCAUUGCUUGUGGAAGUUAUACAUGUGUUGCUAAACAAGGUAUGAAACAUUUUGGAUUUAUUUGACCGGGGGGGGGGGGGGGGGGUAACCUGCUUUUAAUCCUUGCCUGGAAAAAUGACUGGUUAACUCAUUUACCAUGUUGAACUAUUUCAAUAUUAUAUGCUUAAAUGCUGAAUUGCAUAAGGCUUCAAAAAUUAAAUUGAAUUAACCGGAAACAUCCGGAAUCCUGACUUCCUCUUUUCCACGUGCAUUGUACCUGUUGCAUGCUGGAAUGUAAAGUCUGUAAAGACUGUUAAUCAAGCUUGAAAUGUUUUGACGAAUUCUCAAUGAAAGGCGUGUAUAUGGUGCGCUAUCUCUUAUGCUUGUUUAUGAUUUUUGAGACUAUGUCAGAGCGACUUGGUAAGCUUAUUAAUUGUUUUGAUAUUUAUAUUUAGACGUGGGACUAGCAUGUGCCAUAUAAGCAUUGACAUUACUGGAUAUUAAUCAAUAGACAAUACGCUUAAAUUAAAUUUAUUUAUAUGCAAAGUUUAUCUUUUGCCUAGUAAUGGUAUUCAAAUGCAGUUUGAAAUUUUAACUGAGAUUCAUUGCUACUUUGUCUUUUCGAUUUCAUAUGAUAAUUAUACAUAAACAUUUGUGAAAGUCUAAAUUUAGGCAUGCGCUAAGUUUGUAAUAUUUGUAAAACAAUAACUUAAAGUAUUAGUGUCACACCAGGAAUUCGCGGGCUCAAACUCCUGCUGGCGGCCAUUUUUCGGGACGAAUAGAUCAGAUGAUCUGGAAAGUGUUUACAAUCCGUCAUAUAUUUAAACCAUCCUUUUAUAAUCCUUGCUCUUUUUGUUUUAUUUUUAUCAGAAAUGUACCAAACUAGGUAUUUUUAUCGCUAUUUGUUGUAUUUAAGUAAAAUGUAAACAAUAACAAAAGCCCGCAAUGCAUGACCCUGACACUAAUCCUUUAAAGGCAAUGCUAAUUUGGAAUUGAAGGAAUUCAUAAGUGACUCACCUGCAGAUAUACAAUAAUAUUGCUUAAAAGUAAAGUCAGUUUUUCUAAAAAUUAUUAAUGUUAGUGAGAUAAUUUGAAUCAAUUUUUGGAGAUGUGGCAGAUGUGGCAAAGUGUGUGGUUCAUUAUGAUAUUGAUGACGGAAAAUACAGUAACAUAAAACAGUUGUCAGAAGUUAACUUGGAACGAAUUCAGCAAGCGAAAACUCUACGAGAAUCGAAGGGUGGCUCUAACCAUCACAAAAAAACAGUGCGAUUCUGUCCCAGAGCUAAAUCAGUUCAAUCCGUCGUUACACGGAGUUCAUCAAGAACCGUGCUAUAAAAAGUUUUUUCUGAUACUUUCUCAAGAAAAAAGGAAUUAAAGCAUUCAGAAAGCUCUCCCGAUUCACAACCAAAUGUAACGCGCUUAAAGCGUGGUGAAUCCAGCCCUGAUUGCUCUCGUAACCUUUAUCCAAAGGAAUGCAAUUUCUGUAAAAAAUACCGGGUAAAAAAGAAUGGAAAGUUACAUUUUCCCAUCACAAUAGCAACCAAUAUGGCUGCUGCGCAAAUCAAGGAAUCGGCAGAAGCGAAAGACACCAAGCUCUUUUAUGAAAUUAGAGAUAUCGAUUUAAUAGCAAAAGAGUUCAAGUAUCAUGACUUCUGUUACAGAGAAUUUGCAAGAAAAGUAGCAAAUGCGAAUACUAAACAGUUCGAAGACAAUGAUGCGAAAGGUAAUUUCGACAAAGUAACAGAUUACAUACAACGAAAAGUUUUAUCCCCAAAUCAGGCCAUCUCUAUGACAGUAGGCUACUACAUGAUUUAUAUGGUCUCCAUACCCAAGAUACCAGAUAUAGAAGCAAGUUAAAAAAUAGGAUUGUUACAAAAUUUCCUGACCAAUUAUUAUUUUUAACAAUUGACGCACUUCAAGUUGUGAUCAGCCGUGAAGGAACAAAUAAGAAUACAUUAUUGAAAAAUCGCGAGGAAGUAAUCAAACAAGCGGCUGAAUAUCUUCGAGAAGACAUACGAGAAUAUGCGCGAGAUUCUCCCGAAUUACAAUGGCCACCAUAUAUCGAGGAACUUGCUGCUGAAACUCGCCCGGUUCCCUCGUCA